AUGGAUAAAAGCCGGGUGGAAGUCGUUCAAGUUCCAAAGGGGCCAGUUACCCCAUCAGACCUGACAGCACUAUACAAUCGAUAUCGAGAUGCUCGGCUAAGAGCACUAAAGACAUACCCAGAGGCAUUCAGCUCCAAUUAUGAACGUGAGAGCGCCUUCACCGAUGAGCAGUGGGCCCAACGACUUCGGAACCCAAUGUCCACAACGUUUGUGGCUGUCUGUGUUGAACAAGAUAAUACCGCCGAUGAAGAUGUUGAUAAGCUGAAAAAUCAUGAAUGGAUGGGCAUGAUUGUCCUCCUCGGGCCAAAGGUGCUUGAUGUCGGUUCUACGAAGUGUCCCUGGGAGCCGUUCUUGUCUAUGGAUUGGAUGCAGCCUGAAACAGAGGGGGCCUUCGAGGGCGCCGAAACCACCUACUUUGCCGUCUCGAUGUUUGUCUUACCAGAAGCAACCAAGCGCGGUGUCGGAAAGCUGCUGGUCUCUGAGAUGAAAGAUCAUACAAGGGAAGAUGGCAAGGAGAAAUCAGUAAGCAAGCUGCAUCUUUCUCUCAUUGUCGAGCGUGAAAAUCCUACUGCCAUUCGGCUGUAUGAGAGAUGCGGGUUCUGUCAUGUUGACGCCGACUCGGACCUUGAUUGUGUGGGGGACCACUUAACGGCGCCGUUAGGGAUGACCUGGUCUCAUAACUAUGAUCUUUGA